AAGUGUCGCUACUCUGAAGGUAUUUAGUGGCUCUAGGCUGCACACUGCAGACCUGUCUCAACUCUCAACAGUCUGGGACCUGGAACUGAUCGCCUCGCCGGCAUUUUCACUUGCCGAGUUGGCAGCCGAAAAAAGCGCUGCAUGAGUGAAUGAAUGAAGUAGAGGUCCUUCAAUCGAGCGGCGGCUUGCGCCAUCUAUCAAAUUUGGCCGAACAAAAGCGUCUCCAUGACGUCAGCGAAACUCGCAAAGCGAGAACCCAUGCCAGACCGCAUGCCCCGUUAAAGCGGCAAACCUUUUCCCACGACAGGAGGCCAUGUUCCGCGAGGUCACGGCCUACCUCUUGGCCCCCGUGGUGGCCUUCCUCGCCCUGCGGCUGCUGCCCGUGAUGUGGACGCCCCUGUGGUACGCGUCCGCCGUGGUGGGCAUGAGCGUGCUCUGUUUUCUCGCCCUGGGGCGCUGCCUGCACCGGCUCCUCCCCAACGGCGUCGUCUCGGCGUCGGGCAAGGCCGUGCUCAUCACUGGCUGCGACACCGGCUUCGGGCACUCGCUGGCACUACGUCUGGACAGGCUAGGCUACCAGGUGUUCGCAGGAUGCCUCUUUCCUGACGGAGAAGGUGCUAAAGGCCUCCGCAAGGAAGGCUCGGCCGCACUGCACGUCGUCCGACUCGACGUCACGAAGGACGACCAUUUCCGUGAGGCUCUGGACUACGUGAAGCACAAUCUGCACGGGAAUGGGCUCUGGGCCGUCGUGGCCAACGCCGGCGUGUUCUUGGCAAUGGAGCUGGAGUGGUGGUCCAUGGAGGACGUGCACCGGACCUUCGACGUGAACGUGUACGGAUGCCUGCGCGCCAUCAAGACCUUCCUGCCGCUGCUUCGGCAGUCCCGAGGGAGGGUGGUGCUUACGGCCAGCUACGCGGGACGAGUCACAACGACGUGGCACAACGUGUACUGCAUGACCAAGCACGCCGUGGUGUCUCUGGGCGACGGGCUGAGGAGGGAAGCGGUCAAGUGGGGCAUCUCUGUGUCCCUCAUCGAGCCCACCUAUUACAGAACGGCCAUCAUACCGACCGCAGAGGCGAUCCUCAAGAAGUGCAAGGAGGUGCCGCAGGAGGUCAUGGAACUCUACGGCGAGAGCUACGUUCACGACAUGACCACCCGCUUCCUGGAAGCAGUGGACCUGAUCGCUCGAAACGACACCGGCGAAGUGAUCGACGCCCUCGAACACGCCGUCUGCUCCCAGUACCCGAAGGCAUCGUACAAGUGCGACGGCUUCCUCCGCUGGCUCGUCACGGUGGUGGGUAUCUGCCUGCCGUCGGUGCUGUUCGACGUCGCCGACUACAUGCUCUACACGGGACACACGACCGGCAAGGACGGAAAGCUCGUCAGGACACGCGGGUUCCUUGGCGCCGUCGCCGGAAGACUCAAGGACAUGUUCUUGACCAGCUGGGCGAAGCAACGCUGAUUGUACCAGGACCGCGCCCUCCAGUCUUCGUGAUGCCGACGUUGUGUCUGUGAUACACUACUGUGGAUGACGUGUGCUCACUCGAGUUCCGUGCACCAUGUUGUGUUGUGUCGUGGCCUGCUCGGAUCAUCAUUAGCCAGCGGAAGCCUGGGGUGUCAAUGGCUCAGCAUCGUGCAGCGGGGAUGUGUCUUCCAGGCGUGGUGUGCGGACCGUUGCACCAAGAAUGAGAUGGCGCGAGAACAACUGCUUGAUUUUCCACGUCAUCUGCUCGAGCGAGGGACACAGGUUGGACACCCGUGCUGCAGGUCAGCGGUCGGCUCGGAUUCGUUUUCUCACUGAUCGAUUAACACGAGGGGAGCGCGGCGUGUCCAAUCCUGCGCUGGCCUCGAGCAGGUGACGUCAAUCAAGCACUGCGGCCUCGUUAUCUAGCAGGUGUGUGACUGGGAGACGAUUCUGAAACUACCUUAUGUCUGAGACAACCGGAGAGCACAAAAUGUGCAACGUCAUGGCGCUUGUGGCAAUCAUCAUUUCUAUAUGCGUCUGACCCUACUUGUGGACCCAGUUAAAUCUAAAGGCGCAAUAACAUAGUACUUUUUGCCUACUUUUUUUUUUCUAAGAUUUUGGUAUAAUUACAUCUGCCUUCCACCGGCGCUCGCUAUCGUUCAUGUGGCGCUUGCUGUGGCAUAUAGUGAACAGUUCGCGUACACAAUUGUGGGUGCUCAAGGCCAUGGCCUCCCACAUAGGAGGCUAUUUCAAAGCGCACGGGGCCCAUAGCUUUGUCUUCAUUGCCACACAUGGUUCACUUGCUCAAUGGGGAUUGACGUGACAAAGUGAAAUAUCGCGUAUAUUUUUACCAGCUUUCUGUGAUAACCACAUCCACUGUGCAGAUGCUCAUAGAUAUCGCAAAAUGAAUCCUAACAAAGACAAGCAGGAACUUGUAUCGUUCCCUACCUGGCUCUUUGGGAAACUGUUUUGCACGGUAACGCGCAAGAGACUGAAAAAUUGGUGGCAUUAUGCCAUCACUGCUGGUACACCGUCGUGAGCAACAACGUUUCAAAAAUAGUCUUUCUUCUUUUCUUUUUACCUGGAGGCGCGCCGAAAUACGCACAGUGGCGUAUAUAAUGUUGAACCUGUUGCACACAGUGCUAUUAAAUGCAUAGGCAAGACAGGA